GAAUAGUUACUCACAUCGUUUUCGGGAAAAAAUGAAAAGAUUCUUCAUACGAUCAACUUCUGGAUGUUCGGCAGCAGUGGCCGGAGUCCCGGGGAUCGGGAAAACAACAAUGGUACAAAAGAUUGUUUAUGACUGGGCCACGGGGAAAAUAUACCAACAAUUCCAGUUUGUCUUCAGUUUCAGAUUCCGGGAUCUAAACUUCAUUAACUGCAGAAUAAACCUGAGGGAACUGAUCCUGGAUCAGUAUCCUUACUUUGGGAAUUUCCUGAGGAAGGUCUGGAAGAACCCAGAGGGUUUGCUGUUUAUAUUUGAUGGUUUGGAUGAAUUCAAGCACAGAAUCGAUUUUGCUGACAGUCGGAGAGACACAGAACCCAAGCACCAGUGCCCAGAUCCCGAGUGGUGGUGUGAAGUGUCUGACAUUGUGUACAGUUUAAUCCAGGGCAAGCUGCUCCCAGGGUGUUCAGUGCUGGUGACCACCCGCCCCACUGCGUUACAUUUAUUGGAAAAGGCAAAGAUCGGUGUCUGGGCUGAAAUCCUGGGAUUUGUUGGUGAGGAACGGAAGGAAUAUUUCAUCAGGCAUUUUGAAGAUCAGGCAGUGGCAGCAGCUGUUUUCAAACACGUGGUGGAGAACGAGAUCCUGUACACCAUGAGCUACAACCCCUCCUACUGCUGGAUCCUCGCUCUGACACUGGGCCCUUUCUUCACACAAAGAGUCAGGGACCCACAGCGAAUUCCCAAGACCAUCACCCAACUGUACUCCUACUAUAUUUACAACAUCCUGAAAAACCACGGCCGUGAGAUUGAGAACCCCCGUGAUGUGUUACUCAGGGUUGGUCAGAUGGCCUUCAGAGGAGUGUCCGAGAGGAAGAUUGUGUUUACAGAUGGAGAUUUGAUCAAGUACAAUUUGCAGCCUUCCCAGUUCCUGUCCGGGUUCCUGAUGGAGCUUUUGGAGAGAGAGGAUUCUGCCCGGAGCGUGGUGUACACAUUCCCACACCUCACCAUCCAAGAGUUUGUAGCUGCAGUCGCACAAUUCCUGAAUCCACAUCCCAGGGAUAUCCUGAUAUUCCUCACUGAAACCCACGGCAUGACAGAUGGGCGAUUUGAGGUAUUUCUCCGUUUUGUUGCUGGUCUCUCCUCCCCAAUGACAGCUCGGGGCCUGGAGGAGUUUCUGGGUCCAUUUCCCAAUGAAACAACCUGCCGGGUAAUUGACUGGGUGAAGGAGGAGGUUAAACGCCAGAGUGGAAACACAUGGAGUGAAGCUGGUAAAAGGAGCCUCCUGAACACAUUGCACUACCUGUUUGAGUCUCAGAAUCGUUGGCUGGCUCAGGCCACACUGGGAUCUGUGAAAACACUUUCAUUCAGUGGAAUGACACUGACCCCGAUUGACUGCGCGGUCCUGUCUCAUGUCAUCGGACUCUGUGAUACAAUAAAACACCUCGACCUGUGUAACUGCCACAUUCAGUGUGAAGGAAUCCAGCGGCUGGGACCCGGGCUGCACAAGUGCCAGGAGUUGGGACUUGGGCAGAAUGAACUGGGAGAUUCAGGAGUGAAGCUGGCGUCUGUGGCUCUGAGAAACCCGGAAUGUAAAAUACAGAAACUGCGGCUGGACAGUGUCGGUCUCACAGAUACAGGUGCCGAGGAUCUCGCCUCCGCUCUCAGUACAAACCCAGCACUGACGGAGCUAAACCUAAAUGAGAAUAAACUAGGAAAUUCAGGAGUGAAACUGGUGUCUGCGGCUCUGAGGAACGCGGAGUGUAAAAUACAGAAACUGUGGUAA